UCAGCCCUCUCCGUCCUCAUCCGAGUCGCUCGAUCGGCGCGAACCGAAUCGUUUGAGGCUUCGACCACCGCGUUAGUGCGCAAAACCAGAAAAAGAUCGGAGGAUACGCGAUGGAGAGCGGGGGAGGCAAGAUCAAGAAAGGAGCUGGCGGUCGGAAGGGCGGUGGCCCGAAGAAGAAGCCUGUCUCCCGGUCCGUCAAGGCCGGUCUCCAGUUCCCAGUCGGUCGCAUCGGCCGCUACCUCAAGAAGGGCCGUUACGCCCAGCGCGUCGGAACCGGCGCUCCCGUUUAUCUCGCCGCUGUUCUCGAGUACCUUGCUGCUGAGGUUUUGGAAUUGGCUGGGAACGCCGCACGUGACAACAAGAAGAACAGGAUCAUACCUAGGCACGUGCUUCUGGCCAUAAGGAACGACGAGGAACUGGGGAAGCUUCUGGCCGGGGUGACCAUUGCCCAUGGAGGGGUUCUUCCGAACAUUAACCCGGUGCUCCUGCCGAAGAAGACGGAUAAGGCCGGGAAAGAAACUAAGUCGCCAGCCAAGUCGCCGUCCAAAGCCGGCAAGUCUCCAAAGAAAUCUUAGAAGCUUUGUUCGUCAUGUAAUUUGUGGGCCUCUUUUUCUAAACUCUAGAAACGAGGGAUCGCAAAAUGGAGAAAAAAAAAAUCUGUUUCCAAUUUCCUCUCUGUUAUCUUAAUCUGAAAUGUUUAUGUUUCUUCUUA